UUUCUCGUUCCUCUUAAUUACGUCUUGUCCCAUUUAUGUACACAUUCGGCUUACUUCGGUUUUUACUAAAUUGACUUCUCUUAUCUUUUCGUUCUCUCUUUCUCUCUUCCUUUUCCCAUUUUCCCAUUAUUUUCUCUAACUACACCAAUUUUGCCAUCUAUCUCUCUAUUACCGCUUUUCUUUUGCUUUCUGCUCUUUUUUCUCACACACAUCAUCGCUUUUCUCUAUCUUUUUUUUAUGGCGAGACACGCACGAUCACCAUCACAAUCUCUUUCGAGUGUCUUCGUCUCUAUGUGUGCUUAGUCCUUUAUACUUUCCUACUUUUACGCUUUUUAAAGACUCAUCUCUUCACAUCUGAACCUAUUUCUGGGUCGUAUCAUUUUCUUUUCCACUCAUCCGUCCUGUACCAAUUUCACCAUCUCACUCCCGUCCCGUUUUCAGCAUCUUCUUUUUCUCUCUCUCUCUCUUCUCUUUCUCAGUCCAUCCUCUUUUCUUUCCACAUCUCUUCGCUCUUCCGUCUCGCCACGGCCUUCGACGCUCUCGCCGUCUCUUCGUUCUCCAUCUCCGUCUGACUCUGCGUGCUCUAAUAUAGCCACCCGGUGUCCAAUUACUCGCUUCCCUCUCGCUACAGUUUUUCCUCCGCCGCGACGGCCGCGACGGAGAAAGGAUCCUCAUCAGCCUCCGCGCGACACGCCGUUCUAUUUUCCGCUUUUUCCUCCAAGAUGCGUCCGUUGCUCAUUCAUCCUUAUUCACCGGUCGCGUAUCCUGUCGUCGCCCUCGUGCAUUUUUAUCGCGUCGCAAACGGCAGUCCGAUCUUCGAUCCGGAUGCAAAAUGGGAAAUCGUGCGGAAUCGUCGAGAACGUAACGAUGAGAUGGAAAGCUGUCACAGCGCUGGAUUUCGGUGACUGGAAAGUACAAGCACUCGGCGACCACUAGGGAGGGGGGCCCCAACCAAGGAAGACCGCCGAAAGGCGGUCAACGAGUUUGGCAUGGAGCAGUUCGAGCAGCUGCUGACCUGCGCGAUAUGCCUGGACCGGUAUAGAAACCCGAAGCUCUUGCCAUGUCAACACAGCUUUUGCAUGGAGCCGUGCAUGGACGGCCUCGUCGAUUACGUUCGUCGACAGGUCAAGUGUCCAGAAUGCCGUGCCGAACAUCGUAUACCAUACCAGGGCGUGCAAGCUUUUCCGACCAACGUAACACUACAACGAUUCCUGGAAUUGCAUAUCGAGAUCACUGGGGAGCUACCGGACCCGACCAGCGGUCAGACCAUGGAACGCUGCGGUGUUUGCUCGGAGAAGAGUUACUGCGCACUGUGCGUUCACUGCGAGAAGAAAUGCUGUCCCGAGUGCAAGGACGCGCACAUGGAUAUCCUGAGACGCGAAAUUGCACGCAUCAAUUCCCAGGUGCGCAGGGGUUUACACAGGCUGCAGGACGCGCUGGCCUUAGUGGAGAAAAACACUCUGGGCCUGCAAACGAACUGCGCCUCGGUCGCCGAGGAGGUGGACGAGAUUUAUCGGAGACUGAGCAAGGCUUUGAAAGACCGCACGGAAUAUCUGCGUAACGAGGUCGAUCGAUACCUCGGCACCGAGCUCAGAGGCCUGAUUCAGCUCAAAGAGAAUCUCGAAUUGGAAAUCGCGAAUAUCCAGAGCAACUGCGAUCUGGCGGAGGCGCACAUAAACGAGAAUGUACCGUGGGACGACGCCGAGCUGCUGGACACAAAGGAGCUCUUCCUGCGCACGGUGGAGUUUAUCAGGAAUUUCGAAUACGAGGCGGGGGAUUACAGCCGGCGAGUCCGCUUCGUGAUGGCGCACGAUCCGAAUCAGCUUGUCCUUCACGUGGCGGGUUAUGGCGAAUUGAACAUUAAACCGGAAAGCGGAAGCGGCGGAUUGCUAGGGAGCUCGAGCAGUUUAGCCCCACCCGGAGGUUCGCCUGGCCUCAUGAGGAGCAAAAGCGAUCACCGUCUCGCUUCGCAGUACAGGCAGCAAGAGGAGGAACGGCUGGCCAGGAAUCGAUACGUUCCCGAAUACGAGUACGAGGCGCCGGAGUACGAGGUGCCCAGGAACAAGUCGAGAUACAGGAGUCGAUUUAUGCGACAUCGAGACGGCGACGAUUCCGACGGUGACUCCAGGUCGACGGUGAGAUUUACGUCGACGGCGCCGCAGGAGCCGUCCGGUCUGCGCGAACGUGUCCUGGAUACGGAGGACGCCGCGCGCGGUCCCCUGUCCGGCAUAUUUCGCCUGACGGACUCGCCGCGCGUUAUGAAAAAGCUUCAGGAGUGCGAGCGAGCCGGCAAAAGGAAGAAGGAGGAACCGACGAGUCAGCCUCAAGUGCAACAGCCCCAAACACCUAAGCCUCAGGUACAAGUGAGAAAGGUACCGACCGCGAUGGCGAGGCAGACCAGCGAGGACGACGAGAUCUCCAGGAUCAAGAAGCAGAACAAGAACGCCGCGGCGACCACCACCGUCGCCGCCGUCCACGCCGAGACGGUGGAGGAGAGGCAGCCGACAUCGACGCCCGUUUCCGUGCAUCCGCCGCCAUCGAGAGAUCUUUCGGAAUCCGAGGAACAGCCGGUCAGGAAAUCGGCUAUCGCCAGGAGAACUUCGGCGGAAACUCAUGUCCCGCCCGCGGCCAGGAGCGCCUCAUCGGACUCGAGCACCGGCUCCGAGAGCUCGACGGGAUCGGGAAUACGCAACACGGGCGCGCCGUUCACAACCGAGGAGAUGAAGCAGAAGUAUCUGUCGAGGGCGCCGCCGACCAACACAUCGACCACCGUGUCAUCGGUGCCGGCUGUCACCUCCGCGACAACCAAGGAGUCAUCGAACACUAUCGCGCCAAGGACGCCCUUUCAGAGCCGUUUUUUAGGCGCAGGUAAUCGUGCGGCUCCGCCACCACCGAUUCAGACACCGCGAGAGGAGCCUGCAACGAAGAAGAAGGAAGAAGAAGAGGAUGAGGACGAGGAGACGAGCAGCUCGUCCGAAGAGACGGAGUCGGACACCGAAGAAGAGUCAGAAACGGACGUUCAUCCGUCCAACGCUACUCCGUCUGCCACUUCCGCCACAUCUCAGGAUCGUCAGAGAAACGAAUCCGCCAUGGCUCGCACCGAUAUCGGACCUCUGCUCGCUCGCAGUGCCGAAGCUCGAAGGGGAAGCAAAGAGGAUUCACCUUCCAUCAGGUAUUCGUCGCCGAGGGGGAGCCCCGCGCAAUCCGUGACGACGACGACGACGACGAUGACGGCACCGAGCGGUGGCGGCGCGAUGACGACGACGUCGACGACGCCGGGCGGCUACACCAGCAGGGCGUUUAGCGCGGACGGUAGUGCCGAAAGAGGGUACUCGGCCGAUCGCGGCGAGGACGAUAAUAAAGUAAUCGCGGCCACGACCACGAUCGCGGAUGACGCUUUUAACGUCGACGCCGACGCACUUGAAACGCCGCGGGCGACGAACACACGCUCGUCGCGAACGGACAUUAUUAUUACGGACACCGACAAAUCGAUCACCUCAUCCACCUCCUCCCACCUCGCGAUUAGCGAACCCGAGAGUAAUCUUCUCGAAGAUAGUCGCGGCGAUAGUCGAAUAGCGAGCGUGGCAUCCGAAAACGAGGCCACGUUAGUGGAAGGUCGUUCCGGGAACAAUGAGAUCUCGUUGGUAAUCGUUGAUCGCGAACGGGACGGAUCUAUUCUCGCGACCGACGAUGACUCCGAAAUGACUAGAAGACGCGACGACGUCGUGUUGGAAAAGCGUGAAAAUUCCGAUGACACUCCAUGUUUCCUUCGGAUCGUUGUGGAGGACGUCGAUGCGACUGUCGAUGAACAGCAUACAUCGGAUCUUACGAAUCAACCCAUCGAGACGAUCAUCGAUCGCAGAGAUCGAUCGAGAUCCAAAGAGUCUCAAACUAUCUCCGAAUGUUCGAGUUCCAUCAGCGAGCGGACGAUGUCCGACAGCGAAUCAGAGAGCGAUUCGGAAAGCGGUUCCGAGGAAGAAGACGAAGAGGAGGUUGAGGACGAGUCUCGAGAUGAAAAUUGCAACGUGAAGAAAGAUAGAAAAAAAGAAGAAAAGAAUGAUUCCGGCGAUAAAGGCAGCGUGAAACGCGAAGUUAGCGAGAAAAGCGACGAGGGUCCAUCGAGUCCCGGAGACGACGAGGAGACUACGGUGUUGAGUGUUAGUUCGGACCGUGGGGAAAGCAAUAUGACACCCGACGACCGUUACGAGAGGGAUCUAAAGCGUCGAAGCGCCUCGAUUAUCGACGAGAGAAGUAUCGAGGAGAUGUUCGACGACAAUGGUUGGGUGAUCACGGAACAGGAUCUACAGCAGGAUCUGCAGCCGGUGUCCGCGAUCCCGUCGGGCUUUAGAUUCAUGGUCGAUCGCAUUGAGGAUGACUACGAUGGGACUCGUAUUGAAGAAACUAUUUCGAAGAUCGCUGAGCGGGAACACGACGAGACAUCGAACGAUCUCGAGGAUACCUCAGCGCGGUCGAGCACCGAGAUUGACGACGAGACGACUCCUCCGAGCGAACAGCAAGCGUCCGAGGGUCCGUCCAGAAGUCGCGUGUACAGGCAGAGCAGUCUGGGUAAAAACGGAUGGCUGGUGUCCGACGAGUCCGAGAGCGAGUCCGAACGGGCGGUCUCUCCUGGGAUCGAAGUUCCCUACGAUGGAGACGUUGCGCAAAACGAAGCUUCGAGAGGGAUCGAGGAUAGUGGCAUCGACGAGAACGGGUGGGUGAUACUUGACGACGACGACGUCGAUGACGACGGCGACGCCGAUGAUGGCCGUAUAGGGGAGCGCAGCGCGCAGGAGAGCACGAUUCGUUCCCAAACGAUCGACCUCGUAACGAACACUAACACUGAGAACGGUGCAUUACUCGCGAACGUUAGCCGGUCGAAGGGCGAGCAGUCGGGGCUCCUCGGCGAGCACGAGGAAACGCCACCCGUUGCUGCCAAUCUCAGUAUACCGGUGCAAAUGGAUGUCUCACGAAACUGUGAUAAAAUGUGCGGCGCAUCGGUGGCCGCCGAUGAUGAUUGCGCUCAUCCAUGGAGCUGGAAUCGAAUUAGAUCAGUGGCCGUUUCAUUCCUGAAUAAGAGCAGGAGCCAGGCGGCGAUGAUGGCGUCCCGCGAGCGGGAACGGGAACGGGAACGGGAACGAGAACGUGAACGUGAACGUGAACGCGAGCGAGAACGCGAGAGGGACGUGGAGGCGGAGGCCGACUCGCCCUUAUCGGCGAGAUCCCGAUACGCGGCCCUGAAGGAGCGUCGACAGCGUCUCGCUCGUUCUAGGAGCUCGCACAACUUCGGCGGCGAUGAUCUCGACCUGGACGAGGAACCGCCGUCGCCGACAACCCAGUCGCCGAAUGCUUAUCUUGCGGCCAAGUACGGCGCCGGCUCCGAGUUAGCGCGUAGUCGCAGCACCCACGCCCUGAAGUCGAGGGAACCGAGCCCGGAACGCGAUCGCCCGGGCGCGGAGAAGGACGGCGCGGCUCUGAGCUCCUGGGCCAGGUACCUGAAGAACAAAUACGGCAACCGCACCACCAAGGACAAGGAACCGCCCUCUUCGUCCUCCACGAUACCCUCGUCCAGCUCUAGCGCGGCCUCGAGAAGGCUAUCGUUAGGCUUACCUCUGCGACACACCGGGCAAACAUCCUUUGAAUCUUCUGACGACGACCAAAAAAACCCGUCAGGCUCCCCCACGUCCCCUACAGCAGCUCCCGUUACACCCGCAGCAGCAGGUUCCUCCACUAGCAAUGGUCGGAGGAGUCAUUACUUGCUGAAGCGGCGGCAGCUGUUUAAGUUUGGGAUGCGGGGGAGCGAAGCCGGAUGCUUUACCUGGCCGAGAGGCCUCGCGGUCGGCCCGGACAACUCCAUCGUCGUGGCCGACAGCUCCAAUCAUCGUGUUCAAGUGUUCGACGGUAAUGGAAACUUCAUGAAGGAGUUUGGAACAUACGGCAGCGGCGAGGGUGAAUUCGAUUGCCUCGCCGGGGUGGCCGUAAACAGGAUCGGGCAGUACAUCAUCGCGGACCGCUACAACCACAGGAUCCAGGUGCUCGAUCCGUCCGGCCGUUUCCUGCGAGCCUUCGGCUCCCAGGGUACCGCCGACGGCCGGUUCAAUUAUCCCUGGGGAAUCACCACCGACGCCCUCGGAUUCAUCUACGUAUGCGACAAGGAGAAUCAUCGCGUACAAGUAUUUCAAUCAGACGGCACGUUCGUGGGCAAGUUCGGCUCGUGCGGCAGCGGACGUGGUCAAUUAGAACACCCGCAUUACAUCGCGGUGAGCAACACGAACCGAGUGAUCGUCAGCGAUGGCAAUAAUCAUCGCAUUCAGAUAUUCGAUGUCAACGGCCGCGUACUGACGUCCUUCGGCUCGGAGGGCUCCGACGACGGCCAGUUCAAGUUUCCGCGGGGCGUCGCCGUGGACGAUCAAGGCUACAUCAUCGUCGCCGAUUCCGGUAACAAUCGCAUACAGAUCUUCAGUCCGGACGGCGCCUUCCUCAAGUCGUACGGCUGCUGGGGUAGCGGCGACGGCGAGUUCAAGGGCCUCGAGGGCGUAGCCGUCACUUCCACCGGCAACAUCGUCGUCUGCGACCGCGAGAAUCAUCGGGUCCAAGUAUUCUGACCGACUUUGUUGAUCCAAACAACGGUCGGAAAAACCGCGAACUCUGCUCUUUUGCCAAACGGAUACGCGCUAAUUCAUUGAUAUUCGCGUUUAUUAAUAUUAUUAAUGAUGAGUGAGUAAAAUUGAAUAUAUAUUCAGGCAAUGCAAAUAGAUCGUGUAAUUGGAUAUUCAGUCGGAAUCGGCGUCUACGAGUCUCAUGAAUCAGGUUUCAGGUUUUCAAAAUACUUUGAAUAUUCAUAUCAUUGUGACUUUUUUAUCUGAAAAAUAUAACUAACAUUUAAUCAAAAAAAAGGUAGAGAAAUUAGGAAAUAUGAGACUAAACAACAAAAAAGUAUUUCAAUAUCUUGGGAGAUAAAUUAUUAUAAUCUUAUACCGUUUAGAUACGACGUGUCGUUCUGAAAAAUAUGCAAAGAUGAAUAUCGAGAAUUAGAGAAUUUUUCAAUUUAGCAACUUUCUAUAGAUAUAUUCUAUAAAAUUAUUUUAACAAAUUCAUCGAUAAAUCGGGAGUGAGAUGUCAUUAUGUCAGCUUGUUUCAUUAGAGAAUAUAUUAAUAUAGUGUUUUAUCUACAAUUCUCUUUGUCGGGAAAUUCUCCCGUAAAUCUUACAUUUCCUUUCUAUUGUCUGAAACGACUCUCAUCGUCCGAAAAUAAAUGUAUCGUUCGAUCGUAAUAAAAUACAAGGACAAGGUAAAUAUUUGCGGAAAUAAGUUUUGGCGGAAAAAAUCUAUUGUCGCAAAAGUGGCACUGAUUAAAUGGACUUGUUUUUUAUCAUAUAGUGAAUAAUUAAGGGUUGAUUUUGAUUCGUGUGUUAAAGUCUAAAUUUAGUUACUGACAUUAAGAGAUUUAUAUUAACGAAAUUCCCCACUUGUCUUCGCUAAUUUUGAUGCAAAACUGAAUUCCUGCCAAAUAAUCCUGAAAAAUAAAUGAGAUCCCGAUUUUCAGUAAGAGAGUCAAAUUUAAUUAAUAAACAAUUUUUUGUCUUUUUUUUUCAUUCUACACUUAUGAUGCUAGAAUCGAUGACACAAUAUAUUAGACAAAAUUAACAGAAUAGAAAACGGUAAAUAUUUUUUUCUGUAUUUUAAGCUAAUUUCUUCUUAUCGUCAAAAUUUUCCAGAGAAGCCAAGUUCAACGUUUCCGUUUCUUCGUCUGCUUUUUUGCGGUUUGUUGCGAUCGCUUCGAUAAAUAUUGCAUUCACUUGAAGCGAUACCGGAAAUAUAUGAAGGAAAUAUCGAAACGAAUGGAAUAGCAAAAGAAAAAGAAAAGAUCUGCGAAAGCAAUCAUAUUGACGUGCAUAACAAUGCGUGAAUGGAAUCGGGCCGCUCGCUCGUCGGCGAGUUUGAUUCGAAUUCUCGAGGAAAAUCUUGGACGCCGAUCGAGUUUCCUCCGCUCGGCGUUAGUUUCGAAAAUCUACAUACUUUUCUUAUCUUCACAUCUCUCACUCCCUCUAACUCUCAUCUUCUCGCGUCUGUCUCUCUUUCUUCGUACAUGAGCACGAUAACCGAGCGACUUAAUUUAAUUUGUAUUCAAAGCGACAGAGCAAAUAAAGUUUGUACCGUUUGUAUGCUUUAAAUAAACUGUUGCGGAAGGAA